AUGUCUUCGACGUCACAGCAGAACUCCCUCCCACCGCCUGCUGAGGAGCAAGAACAAAUACAGGAUCCCCAGCAGCUCACAACGACAACUGAGCUUGAGUCGGUUGAUCCAUCCUUAUCCUCAAUCGCUGCAUUUAAUGCUUCUUUUAAUGCCCCGAAUACCUGGGAAAAACGCCCGGAUGGGCACAAUGAUGCUAAUGGGCCUUCGACAUUUGAGCCCUCAUACGACCCACCCCCGGCAAAACGCCAACGCCUCGAAACACAACAUAUUGACGGAGUCGUACCCGUUGUGAACACUCAUGAAAUGCAGGAUGAAGUAGCCGAGGCGCAUAUUCAAAACAUCGGAGACGUUGUUGCCGUUUUUGCAGAUAAGACUGGCCAGCCUGGUUCAGAAAGUCAGUACGAAAACCAACAUCAUGAGCAUGAUGGUAGUCAGAACGGCUCGCUUGAAGACGACGGCCUUGAACACGAAUUUGAUUUGGAUGAGUCUGACCAUGAGAAUGAGCACCUCAAUCAUAUUAACGUUUGGAACCUGAGUUACGGUGAUCCGAGCUGCAUGUUAUGGGACGCGAACCAAAACCUGAGAAUACAGAGCUUACCCAUCCUAGACAACUUGUCCUCACAAAUCCUGACAACACUGGGCAAAGGGCCAUAUCAGGAAACACUUAGCAUCGUGACUCAGCCUGAAUCCGACCAAGGUCAGGCCUAUUUCACGAUGAAGUCACUUUUCGAUCAGACAAAAAAGCUUUACACUCCCGAGGCAUUUCUUAGUGCGGACGAUUUAAAGCUCGAUCUUCCUGAACAACGCACUACUGUGCGCAAAGUUAAUCUUGCGACGUUCGUUUCAUCUGUCUUCGGUUCGCAGGAAGUUGGAUUCUUUCAUUUGAAUGAACAUUUCCUAGAUACUUUUGUCCCCGAUGGAGGUCGCCUUCUAAAGUCACAAGGUGCUUUAUAUCUCGAUUUGAAGACACAAGCAUAUAUCUCAGCUAUGUCCACAAAUGAGCGGGCUAAAGACGAAAUAUUGACGGACUUAUUUCCUGACGAUAUGAAAGAGAUCCUGCUUCAUAGGCGGCCCGGAGCAAAGGCUUUGACCCCUAGCGAAGCUGAUUUUGUUGCUCGGCUGAUUCAAAGAAAAGGACAUCUUAUGCAUAUUUCUGAUGAUGUUAACCUCAGCGAGAAAUAUGUCUGGCAAGACUUUUUAAAAGAGGUCAGCUGGUAUGUCAGCAAAAAUUACGAAGUGAUAGUAUCUGCGCCGAUGAGAAGAGCACGUAAAAGAAAGUCGUCGGGUACACAACGUACUCCACCCCCACCGAUGUCCCACCAAACCCCUCCCCCUCCCCCUAUUCAUCAACAAAUGAUGAAUCAACCAAAUGCACACGUUGAGAAUCUUGAUGUUCCAAAUGUUUCUACCCUGGCAACUCAUAACUCGCUCCAAACUGCUCCUCAGCCGCCUCUCAACCCUGAAGCGGUAACUCCCGCACAGGUUAACCUCGAGGCCGAGCUCUUUGGUUCGAACACCUCGAUUGCCAUGUCGCUUGGUGCCCCUCCUGCUCAGGCUCCAAUCCCGCAACAGUCGGCACCCACCCAAGUUCUCUACGAACGUGCUCGCCUUGCCGCUACUGCCAAGGCUUCCCCCAGCUCCCGUCGUGCAGGCCUUCCGUCCCAACGUCGCCCGUGGUCAACUGAUGAAGAGAAUGCACUCAUGGCCGGCCUUGAUCGUGUAAAAGGCCCUCACUGGAGCCAAAUUCUUGCAAUGUUUGGUCCUGGUGGAACAGUUAAUGAGAUGCUCAAAGACCGGAAUCAAGUUCAACUUAAAGAUAAGGCGCGCAAUCUUAAACUCUUUUUCCUUAAGAGUGGCAUCGAGGUUCCUUACUACCUCCAGUUUGUAACAGGAGAAUUAAAGACUCGUGCACCAGGCCAGGCUGCCAAAAACGCUGCCAAAAAAGGGGACGAGAGGAGUUCGAGUGAGGAUAUCGCCCAUGCCAAUGCUAUCACAGCACAUAGCAACAUACGAGGCAUGGACACGCCAGAUAUGCAGACAAUGGAUGGCCAAGAACUUGGCGUGAGCAUGAUGGAUGGCACAAGCCAAUCACCACAGAACCACUCGCCAACUGAUGUUGCACCGACUGCAGAUAUGGGGAUGGGCUUGGAGGUCCCAGGCUUUGAGGAUAGAGCGACUAAUUAG